GAAAAUGUUUGCCAUCUGUUGUGCUGUGGCCCUGAGUGCUAAGCUAAAGGAUAAUAUCCUCCAGCUCAACCAGGAUUACUCGGAUACUAUGGGUUCCGAACUUGUCUUCAUUGACGACCUAGCACAUACACAUAGCAAUCCUGACGAACUGGGCUANCAACAAAAUUCAGAGCUCGCCCCGUUCGAGAACAAAACCGUCUACAGGUGUUCCGUCUUAUUGCAGCACUCGCGUCAAAAGACUAACUCAGAACGUCAUUCAUCCAUAUUCGCCAUCAUCGACCAGAAAUCACUUGAAGGAGGGACAAUGGUUCUUGCAGAAGAGCCCGAAGCAGAAGAUGCAGGAGCGGGGACCUUCGUCCGAGCGGUGUUCGAAAUGGUGCAGUCUCAGCUUGCACUUUGGGCCGUAGGCAAAACUUCGGUGAAUGACAGUCGAGAGAGAGCCUGUCAGACUGAAGAUGGAGUGCUUCGCCCAGGUAUGGGCCUA